AUGCCUGCGAUCAAAGCUGACACCGGCCAGUCAUCCUUUCUAGCGAGGACGGGUCGCGGAUAUUUCACAAAGUACUACACCCCGCCGCACCAGGCGGUAACGAACCCAGCAGGAGCCGCCCCCGCCAGCUCCUCGCAGAACCCCUACCCCGACAAGACCUCCCAGACCCGGUUCGAGAAGGGGCUUCUCCAAAAGACGGCCAAGCAGACCGGCGACAUCCUGCUCUACGACAACCGCAUCGUGCUAUACAAGAUGGAGUCGGACGUGGCCCUGUACGUGGUUGGUAGCCUUGGCGACAACGAGAUCCUGCUGUAUAAUGUGCUGCUGGCCCUGCGUGAUAGCCUGCAUCUGCUGUUCAAGCAGUCAGUCGACAAGCGCACCAUCAUCGAGAACUACGACCUGGUGUCGCUGGCUGUGGACGAGAUCUGCGACGACGGCGUGGUGCUCGAGACGGACCCGACUAUUAUCGUGCAGCGGUGCAGCAAGGCGCCAUCGCAGGACGUCAACCUCAGCCGGAUUGACCCCUUCAGCGAGCAGGGCGUCAACAACCUGGCGCAACUAGGCAAGGCGAAGCUGACGGACUGGCUGAGGCAGGGGUUGUAG